CUAUAGGAAAAUUACAAUAACUUCGAUCCAAACUCUUCAUGCUCAACGUGGUUAUUCACAUGAGAAGCCACGUAUACAACCACAAUUACUGCUACAACGAUAAAAUGACGCUAAACAAAACAUUAAGGUUGAUAAGAUAUUGGACUCCUCCGAAAACUGGUUCACAACACGACAUGUAGUCCUAUAGACUCCUUAGUCACCAAGAUAUUUUUGAGCGUUUGCAGCAGAAAUUGGGGUUUCUUUUGCAAAGGGACACGUGGCAACAAAGAUCCAGAUGAAGAUCAAGCAGCUGACGUUGAUUCUCAGUCAGGGCAUCUAGGCAAUGUCUAUCAACACGCGUCCUUAAAUGGAUCCAGCUUGUGACACGUAGGUGUCUUGCGCAGCAGAUCUAUUUCAGUUUAUCAAACACCCACUUAUUUUCCGACGCGUGUCCAACUGUGGGACUUAACGGACGUCUCUAUAUAUAGCCGGAUUAACACCGUCAUUACCUCGACAACCAGCACAACAGAACCAGAAGCCUUGCUGCCUGUAAAUUGUAAUGACUCCGAAACGGAGACUCAGACCCAACUCGCCGAGUCAGGGCUCGGGCUCGGGCUCGGGCUCAGGAUCAGGCGACUCGGGAUUACUCAAUGAGCGCAUGCUCCUCCUAAUUCUCCAAUCAAUUAAGUGGGAUUUAACUGUCCUGUGCUUAACCGCCUCUUUGAAUCAAAAGCUCCACGCGAUAUCGAAACGGUUGCUGUGGCGCGAGCUCUGCGUGCAUCGCGCACCGCGAAUGAUAGCCGUAUUGACCAACGGUCUACCUACUGCGCGUAUCGGGGAUGGUUGGCACGCACUUGCGAAAUUAAUGUUUUACUGUUGUGGUUGUGAGUCGACUCUGAAUUUCCGACAAUCGCCGGGUCACUUAGCCAAAGCAUCUCGGUUUUCGAAGACUUCGGGUCGGAGCUUCUUGACCAAGAAGUGUCGAGACGACUUGUUAUAUGUAAGCGACCCGUGCGAGCAUCCAAUAGGGGAUAAGGAGGGCGAUUUAGGGAUUUACAGAGGGGUAUUUCGGGGAUUCUUGACAUCACGGACUAGAGCUUGUUUGAUCAGACGGCGGGUGGGUCUAGAUGACCGAGUGAGGUGCCCGUAUUGUGGAUCCCGCGUGUGGAGCAUGAGCAAGGCUCGAUUGAUCCCCAAGAGCGCGGCCAGGCGGCUCGGGUCACGGGACGGAGGUCUGGAGUAUUUCGUGUGCUUGAACGGGCACUUACACGGGACCUGUUGGCUUGUUCCACUGUCUUCCGAUGAAGAUCAAAGUGGUGGUGAUAAUGAUGACGACUAUGACGAUGAACUUGAAGACGAUGGUAGCCGAAUCGGAGUAAGCAAUGGAACUACGAGCUCGAUUGCGAGUACAAAUAGGUUGAUUUGAGUCUCAUCUCUCCGAAUACAUGCGUCGGCAACGAAGUAGGGGUUUGGAUCUGUCGGAUCCCCAUAAUCCAAACCCGGAUCCAAUAAGUAGCUGUUGAAACUCGAACCAAACUUGUGCUAUCCUUGGCCUCCCCCUCCUUGUUCGCCAUCGUUGAUGCAGAGAGAGCUGGUUAAUGACCUGGACUUGACCCUUGACAGGUGUUGGAUUGUUUAUUGGUCGGUGGUUUUUGAUAUAUGUUAGAUGACAUGGCAUUAUUUGAGGAGUUAAAUUCAUGGUGGAAAAUGACGUGGAGGUUGACUACAGAAUUUUGUGCUGACCCUGAUUACUGUAGCUAAAUCCGUAAUUUGACUAUUUGCGUCCCAUGAUGCUACUAUCUUUUUUGGCCCCUUGUUAUCAUUCUAAUACCUUGGUUUUCCUGUAUGAUUAUAUUUUAUUCUUAUAUAUAAGCUUGAUUUUUCUGUGUUU